AAAUUUGUAUUCAUUAUUAGACCUAAUUAGUAGCUCACUUGUGAUAAAAUCAGACUGCAAUAAUGAAAAUCAUUGUAAAAGCAUUUAACAUUUUGUACGUUUCAUGUAAUAUUUCCGGAUAAAUUUACGUAACAUGAUUCAGAUAUUACGUUAUAAUAUUAAUACAGCCCAUAUGAGCGGAUGAAAAUCGUCUGCUACGUGUGUAUAUCUUAUGUGUGGCAACAUUAAGGACAUUCAUUUUCCUUGGCUUAAGCAGUGACAUUUUAAUUUCAAAUUUUCUCAAGAAAAGUAAUUUGUCAAUAGCUGUGAGAGACGGAUCGCUGAAAGAAAAACUAAAAAGAUGGUAAAAUAAUCAGAAAGAAGGGUCGGAUAUUUAAAGGAGGCAUACAUUGAAUUCGACGGAUUUUGCUUUAAACAGAGGUUAUAUUGAUCAUCAGCAUGACUUUCCACUUUCAGUUUGGAUUUAACAUGUUUCCGGAGAUUCCGCGGCCCUUUAACACGCAGUACAAGUGCUUCUCCGUCUCGAUGUUACCAGGAAUUUAUAGGCAAGAUGUGGAACGCGGUGGAAAAAUAAUUAUGCCUCCAUCAGCUCUAGAACAACUUACUAGAUUAAAUAUUAAUUAUCCAAUGUUGUUCAAAUUAACAAAUAAGAAAACUAAUAGAAUUACUCACUGCGGUGUAUUAGAAUUUGUAGCGGAUGAAGGAAAAGUCUAUUUGCCUUAUUGGAUGAUGCAUAAUCUUCUUUUGGAAGAAGGAGAGUUGUUAAACAUUGAAAGUGUAUCUCUUCCUAUUGCAAAAUUUUCACGUUUUCAGCCACAAUCGGAAGACUUUUUAGAUAUUACUAAUCCAAAAGCAGUAUUAGAAAAUGGUUUAAGAAGUUUUGCAUGUCUUACUACAGGAGAUGUUAUUGCAAUAAAAUAUAAUCAAAGAAUAUAUGAGAUGUGUGUAUUAGAAACUAAACCUGGUCCAGCGGUUAGCAUUAUUGAAUGCGAUAUGAAUGUCGAAUUUGCUCCACCUCUUGGAUAUAAAGAACCGGAAAGAGAAGCGAAGAACAAUGAAAAGGAUGUAGAUCCAUCUGAAUUAAUGCCAACACCUACUGGUUUUAUACCAUUUAAAGGACAAGGUAACAGAUUAGAUGGUAAAAAGCGUAAGGACUCGUCUCAACUUGAUACGCUGACGAAUAAAGUGGCCUAUGUAAGAGGUAUACCUGAUUAUGAUUAUAAAAUAGGAACACUGAGGUUUCUAAGAAAUAUGAAGCCUGUUAACAACAAAGAAAUAAAAGAGCAAGACGAAUUCAAAGCAUUCACUGGAGAAGGUUUCUCCCUUAGAAAGUCAAGAAAAUGAUAAUGCAAUUCUAAAUGAGUAAUUCAAUUGUAAUUCGAUAACAUGGUCAUAUUUAUCAUUCUAAUAUUAUGUUAUCCUCAAAAUGUAUUUGUUAGUACAAUCAUCCGUUGACAGUAUACUUGUAUCUUUGUAACUUAAGUCAAUACAAAAACAUUUUUUAAAUUUA